UGCGGCAAAAGGCGGAGAAACAGAUAGGGAGAAAAAAAGAGAGGGAGUGGGUUGGGCUUUAGGUAUGAGAGAACAACAGCACAUCAGGGCAGUGGGACAGAGACGGGUAAUCAGAGAAACGAGAAGAAAGGUGGAAGAGCAGAGUGCAUGCUUAAGUGCCUGUAGGUGUGUGUGUAUGUGUGAGUGUGUGCAUGUAUCAGUAUGAAAUUAGAGUAAGAUGCUGGGAGAGGAUGAGGAGUAACAGGGCGAGGCAGCUGCGAGAGGCAACUGUGUUUGUGUAUGAGGGUUAGUGUGUGAACAGAGGGAUGCAGUCAUGUCUCUGUGAGAGGGAGCAGCACAGCAACGGUAACCAUGCUGAGCCCCAAGAUAAAACAGCCACGCCGGGCACGGUCCAAGAGCAUGGUGCUUGGAGAAUUGUCUCGACUCUCCAGGCCUUGUUCUCCUCAGGAUCAAGAGAAACCCUUGAAGGUAGGCUGGCUGAAGAGGCAGAGGAGUAUCAUGAAAAACUGGCAACUCCGAUGGUUUGUCCUGAGGUCUCAAGCUCUGUACUUCUACAAAGACCAGGAUGAAAGCAAGGCACAGGGCUGCAUCCUUCUUCAGGGCACUCAAGUCAAUGAGGUCUCAGGCAAUCAGGAUGAGCCCGGCCGCCAUAAUUUUGAAAUUGUUCCAGUGGGAGCUGGAGAGAAGGACCGUACUAACACAGGUCAUGAAUUAUUCCUACUAAUGGCCAACUCACAGAGUGACAUGGAAGAAUGGGUCAGAGCCAUACGUAGAGCUAUCUGGGCCCUGCUUGGUGGAGGAGUAUUCGGACAGCACCUACAUGCAACAAUGUCAUAUGAGUCACAGUGUGCCCCUCAGCGAGUGGUCCCUGUUCUGGUUGAACUGUGUGCUAGCUUCAUACGUGAACAUGGACUAAAGGAGGAGGGUCUUUUCAGAGCGCCGGGGCAGACCAACCAUGUUCGAGAGUUGCAGGAUGCCUUUGACCGUGGUGAAAAGCCUGUGUUUGACAGUUCCACUGAUGUCCAUACAGUGGCAUCACUGUUAAAGCUGUACAUACGAGAGCUGCCAGAGCCCAUAAUUCCUUUCUCCAAAUACACACAGUUUCUGUCCUGUGCUCAGCUUCUUAGCAAGGAUAAAGAAAUGGCCAUCGUAGAACUAAGUAAACAGGUGAAAUCCCUUCCUCGGGUCAACUACAACCUCUUGAAAUACAUCUGCAAGUUUCUGGAUGAGGUUCAGUUGCAGUCCAAUGACAAUAAGAUGAGCGUUCAUAACCUGGCCACCGUUUUUGGACCUAACAUUCUUCGACCAAAAGUGGAGGAUCCUGUCACAAUGAUGGAAGGAAGUUCCCAGGUGCAGCAUUUGAUGACUGUCCUGAUCAGUGAACACUCUCAACUUUACCCAAAUGAGGUCCCCCAAACUGAGGUCAAAUCUCUUUCACCCCAUCAGGAGCUCAAACGAUCCAAAGUAGUAUGGGUUUCACAAGAAGAAACUGACCCACCAAAUGCCACAAGUAUGAACUCUGCAAACCUCAAAGAAAACCACACACCUUCUACUGCUUCGACAGAGAGUGAGAUGACUACUUUAAAUUCUGUUGCAUCUCAGAAGGGUGAGAACAGCCAGAUUAGGGGCAAUGAUAUAAACAAACUAGAUGAAAAAGCAAAUGUCAAAACUGAAGGAGAAAGUGAAGUUGCUGUUAGUCCCAGCAAACAGGCCAAAGCUCUGCCUUCAUGGAGGUGCUCCUUCAAGGGCAGUGUAGCCUCUGGAGCACCAAAGGGGAAAAUGGGAGGCUCAGCAGGGGAUGUGUCAGCAUCUGGUGGAAGCAACUGGUUGAUGAAUGGCCUGUCGUCCCUCCGAGCACACAGACGCACAACCUCAUCAGGUGAAAGAGUGAAAGACUCUGGGCUAUCUCUAAAGGAUUUAACCCAGUCUCUUAAAGAAAACAGUCUUCUACUCAAGGACACACAGAGAGACUAUGACCUAGAAUCCCCUCAAACAUCUCAGUCUCACAAAGUCCUCCACAAAUCCCACAGACUGUCUGCCUAUGACAAUGUAGUUCCCUCCAGCUUAAGCCUGCCUGCUGACACUUCGUCUAUCUGGACACCCUUUGAGAUCUCAUUGUCAGACACAGAAGGAAGUGAAAAGGCAACAAAGCUAGAACAGGAUGAGGAGAGAACUAUAGAAGUAGGAAACGGAAUAAAUGAUGAGGAUGUCCCAGGAACAAGUAAAGAAAUCACAAACAAGCUAACCCAACUGAAGCAGGAGCUGAAGAAACAGAAGCUGAACUACGAAACUCGCAUUCGCAAGCUGGAUGAGUCCUGUUCGAAAUACCAGUGCCAGGUAAACCGCCUUGAGGAGGAGCUUAAACAAGAGAGGAAGAAGUUUCACAUGUUGGAGAUCCGACUCAGGAAUUCGGAGCGAGCACAUCAGGAUGCAGAGAAACGAAACAUUCUACUCCAGAAAGAAAUGGAGGAAUUCUUCAAGACGUUUGGCGAUCUAACAACAGGAGCAACAAGGACCAACUAGACAUGACCAAACUGCCUUUAUCUGGUCCUGGAGGCAUUCAGUUACUUGGAGGACCCACCAGUCCCAACGCUUUUUAGAAAAAAAUACCUCUAGUGCAAUGCAGAUAACCAUAUUUUCCACUUCAGUGUGGCUGUCUCAUGCCUACGCUAACCAGUACUGGUGCCAAGCAAGAACUCCUCUGGAUCAAGAACCUCUUAAUUUGUCAUUCCAUAAAAUCUAUCACAAAAAUACAUUCUAAAUUUCUUCCUAAAUGACAAGGAAACCUAAAGUAUUCUUGCAUUCCUACCCAUACAAAUUUAAAGUCCUAUUUGUUCUUGACUUUUACUGAUAGAAAAAUGUAAGACUUUAUAAAUAACUGUCAGAGUUGGGCAAUUUUGGAUUUAAAGGCCAAAAUUCACUCAACCUUCCAAAAUCACACCAAAUGAGGAUACCUUUGUUGACAUUGUUUGGCCAAACCCUAAGAAGACCUGCAUCAUCCGAGAGCUGCUGAAUAGCAUCAUUUUCAAAAUGUACCUGCACUACUGCUAAGAGAAGUUGCGUAAGACUGUUCUGGCACCUUUAUGUUUUAAAACUUGUACAUGUGCCUCUCAAUAAAUUAGAAUGUCAUCAAAAAGUUAAUAUAUUUCAGUAAUUCAAUUAAAAAGUUGAUCUCUAAUAUAUAACUUCAUUACUCCCUGACAAAUACAUUUCAAGUGUUUACUUUUGAAAAUAAUGGCUUAUAUCUAAUGCAAAGCCAAAAUUCACUUUCUCUGAAAAUUUUAAAAUUACAUACGACCAAUAAGAAUGUUUUUAAUAUAAAAACGUAUGCUUACUGUAAAAUAUGUCUGUUACUGUACAGUAUGUGCACUCAAUAUGUGACAGAGGCUCCCCAAGCCUUAGUUACUACGCUUCAAGGUUCUGUUUAUCCCUAUUGGUUUUAAACCUUUUUCUACUGGACGUUUUCCUUUAACUCAACUUUCCAUUAAUAGGCCUAGAUAUAGCACUCUGUGGACAGCCAGCUUCUUUAGAAAUGUCAUUUUGGGGCAUGCCCUCCUUGUGGAGGGUGUCAAUGACUUUGCUUGAUGGAUAACUGUCAAAAGUCUUCACCAUGGUUGUGUGGACAGUAUGGUAAUUUCUGUAUAAAAAUCCUUUAAAGUUGGUCUUAUGUAAUAGUUAAAUUUUUUGAGAAAUCUGGAUUUUUAUUGGCUUUGCGUUGACAUCAAAGUGAACAGAAAUAAAUGCUUGAAAUAUAUCACUUUGUUUGUGAUAAACCUACACAUUUGUUUUAACUUUUUAAAAUAAAUUACUUUAACUUUUCAAAGGCAAUCCAAUUUAUUGAGAUGCACCCAAAUGAGGGUAAAACCAUAAGAAAGGAAGUGUUGGACUUGUGAUGUAAAAAUAGAAGACUCAGGACAACUGUCAUAAUCUACAUAGUGCAUUCAGGGUUAAAAGCUGGAGCCAUUGGGAGUCUGAGCCAUCAAACACAUCCAAAGCUCACCAUGGCAGGUUGGAAAAGAACCGCUGAUUCAUUUUGUUUUCAAUUGAUUUAUGCCAUUAUGUUGUGUAUUUCAUAAUGAACAUGCCUGAGUCUUUGAUGGUGUGAAGGUAGAGUCAUGUAAGUGAGGAGGAUCUGAGAAUCACUAAACUGUGUAAAGGCACUUAAAUUAAAUAUUGUAUUAGACACUUUAAGACUUAUAGAAUACAGAUAAAGUGACUAAUUCUGGUAUGUCUCUGAUAAGUUUCUUAAAUUAUAAGACUCCAGUCACUGGAGGCAACUGCAGAUGUGGACAAAAUUAUUGGCAGUCGUGGUAAAGAUGUGUAAACAACCACAACAUUAAUUUGUCCUUUAGCAGGAGCACGAUCUCACAUUGAAAAUUUUAGAAAAAUCUGAUCUUUGAGUACAUUUUCUUUUAGAAGUAAUUGUUUUUAACAAAAUCACAGGUGGCCCAUUUAUAGGUACCCCUAGCAAUCCCUUUAACAUACACAUAACUGAAGCUUUUUUUUAAAUGAUAAUUUACUUUUUUUUAAAUAAAUGAGCUAGAACAUGUAAUUAGCACAGGAGCACUGUGCUUCUGUUUAACGGAUUUAGUAGAACAGCUUGAAUAAUCAAACAAUAGUUGGGGUCACGAGUCCCUUUCCCUUUGAUUUUGUAGGUUAGAUGAUAAAAAGCUUAGGAACCAGUGAUCUAGGGAGGUCGUGCAAAGAAGAGCGAUUACCAAUAAAUGUGCUAGUAGCAACGUUGUUAAAAACAAUAAACCCUUCCAACACACACACACACACACACACACACAAAGUAAUUGUACUUAAAGUUUGGCUCUUAGUAAAUUUCAAACCAAGAGGUCAAGUGUAUAAAUGUUUCCAUGUGAACUUAUGCUACUGCAAUAAAAGAUGCAUAUUACAGCUUUUUUUUCAAAAUCCUCACCAGGGUGCCAAUA